UCCCUGCACUUCAGUGGCUGUCAAACCGGCUCGGCUUCGUUCGUGCGCAUUCACCUGUUUAUUGACACUGAAUAUUGGGAAUUAAUAUUCUGCACUGAUUAGUCCGGACACUUCAUUUCCUAGAUUGUGUAAUUCCAAUGUCCGUGUCGAUAUCGACAUUCGAUUAUGAGUGUACAAAAAAGUGUCGCUUGCUGAGCCAUGGGAAUGCAAUCACUACUACCCUCACGAAAAAAUCCGUGUCCGAUGAAUUGCUGGCCGCGUUCGUGGCUAAGUCAUGUCGGAAUUUUGCAGAUAUUUUGGAUGAUCAGAGGAGAAGUGCUCUUCACUUAGCGGCAUCCGUAGGGCGAUAUUCUAUAGCGGAAUGGCUAAUAAAGAACGGUGCAAACAUAAGUCUGAAAGAUCGUGAAUCUGGCCAUACAGCGCUGCAUCGAGCCAUAUACUAUGGAUGUGUGGGAGUGGCAGUCUUGUUGCUGAAGUAUGGUGCAAACAUUGACUCCCCGGAUGAGGAUUUUGUCAAUCCGUUGCAGUUGUGCAGUAAUAUACCGAAGCAUAGAGAUAAUGAGAUCGGGCAUGAACUGAUGGUCUGGGGUAAAAACAAAAACUACAAUCUGGGCAUAGGCAACAUUGAAGGCAGGGAUAUUCCAGACUUUAUAGACUAUUUUCGCAAGAAUCGAAUAGCGAUACAAAAGAUGUCAAUGAAUUCAUAUCACAGUGCAUUUUUGACAAAAUCAGGUGAUAUUUAUACCACAGGACAUGGACGAGGAGGACGGCUAGGGAAUGGUGCUGAAAAUACAAUCGUGACUCCUUCAAAACUGGUCAUUCAAACCAGAAAUGCCGAGGAACACCUUAUCGAUGUAAGCACCGGAAGAUACCACACACUUUUGUUAUCUAGCCACAAUGUUAUUUAUUCCUGCGGAGAGAACAACCACUACCAGUUGGGCAUAAAGCCUCCUCCGGAAAAACAAUUAACUUUUAGAGAAAUAGGAGGCUUGCACAAUUUUGCCGAUAAAAAAAUUAUCCGCAUAAUAGCUAAGGACUUCCACUCAAUAGCAGUAUGCAUAGAAGGUGUUUACGUAUGGGGUUACAACGGUGGCCAAUUCGGCAUGAAGAAGGAAUACAAUCCAGUUGUGCUGCCACGAUUAAUUUCCUUGGAGUUGGAGUUGACCAAGGACAAACCAAUGAUGACGAAUGGGAACCAUGCGGUGAAAAUUGUGGAAUCAAGCAAUGCAACUAUUGUAGUAUACACUAAAUCGUGCUAUUUAUAUAUUUUCAACAACUUCAAGAGGCGAACGUACAAAAACCCACUGAUGGAAACAUUUGAAUGCAUUUCGGUGUCGGGUGGAGAGUUUGUAUCCAAAAAAGAGGACACAUCGAAGCAAUCAAAGCCACUGAGGAUCAUAGCUGUUACAAUUUCCAAAAACAUUUACAUUUGGUACGAAGACUGCCAACAAUUUGUUCGCUGUGUGUUUGCUCAAUCCAGGAAUUUGGAGAUAGAGAAAAUUGUUUGGUGUAAUAAUCAUGCGCUUAUCCUACUGUUGGGUCAUUUGUAUCAUGGAACAAUUACGCAUAAGCUCAAUGCUCAAACGGUAGCCCAUACCAGUGAAUAUACAGAGACGUACACGAAAAAAGAAAUGAGCAUCACCAAUAAGACCAGGAUCGAGCUGAAGCGGAUCAAGAAUUUGAGCAAUAUUGUAGACUUUGUUUGUAACGACGAUGGGGAUAAUUUUGCUGUUCUAACGGAAAACUCCCGACGCUACUUCAACAUCCCGGACAUGAAAGAAUCUAAUUACGACUUUGGAACACUUCUAAAUGAAGCGCACGAGUCGGACGGAGUGCAUGAUCUGGUAUUUGUGGUCGAAUACCAAAUGUUUCCGGUUCAUCGUUUCAUAAUCUAUCAUCGGUGUAGGCAUUUACGAAAGUUGAUAGAAAAACGACCGGGAGAACGCGAAAUUCAUCUAAACGGUUAUGACGGUCUAGCCGCCCCGAUUUUUGAACUUGUGCUGCGGUAUAUCUAUUGUAAUACGUUAAUUUCGCGGGAUGAUGUCGAAAAGCUUGUUAAAUAUUUACAGCCCAACUCGAAACAAGGGGGUGAAAGCUUAAGUGAAAUGGCGGUACGUCUUAGAAAAGUUUUUAAGCAGUUCGAAAUUGGUGCAUUGAACGAAUCAUUGAAUAAACUGUCAAAUGAUCUAUUGAUUGAGGAGUUUCCAAAACUGGCACGCGACUCGUAUCCGGAGCUCAGAGACGUCACCAUUAUCUUAAAAGAUAAUCAGGAAAUCAAGGCCCACAAAUGCAUACUGAUAUCUCGGCUCGAGUACUUUAAUAUGAUGUUCAGCCACACGUGGACCGAAAGUAACAAAGUCAACUUAUCGACAAUUUCGUUGGAGCAUAUGGAUCCUAUUGUAGAUUUCCUGUAUGACAAUAAUUACCAACGAGUUCAGGAGCAAAAAUACUCGGAAAGCUUCUUAUUGAAUAUGGUCAUCAUUUGCGAUCAAUUUUUCAUCUCGGAGCUAAAAAGGUUGUACGAAGUGAUGAUCAGUGAUAGGAUAAAUCUGAAGAACGUUGGUGAGCUGAUUGAAUUCGGCUUUCAGUACAAUUGUGCGUUGCUUAACGAACUUUGUAUGCAGUUUAUCAGUGUUAAUUUGGCUAAACUACUAGAGCUUCGUUCUCUGGAUGGAAUCGAUGCGCGGACUUUGGAACAGAUUGACGCUUUCUAUAAGGAUUUUUAUCAUUUGAAAGAUUAUCGAAUGAUAACGCCUUCACCUGAUGCUGUUAGUGAUGAAGAUUUACUACGCUUUGUUGAAGGAUUCAGCAUAGAUUUAAGCACCAGAGAAUCUGAAUUAAACACGGGUAAAAUCAAAACACUUAAAGGGAAGGUCACUCCAAAAAGUACCAAACUGCAGAUGAAAAAACGAAACUAUGAAAAGGAGGCAAUGGAAUACAUAAGGGAUCUUUCAUUUGAGGAGAUACCUGUUGUAAAAAAUGAAGGAAAAAAAAUUAUCAAUGGUGCUGUUGAAUCGAAAUUUGUUCCGGACAUAGAAGUAAAACAUUGGCAAAAAGUAAUGGAUCCCAAGAAAAAGUCUGUUACAGCCGCUGUGAAAAUUAAUGAAAUAGUCAAAAAUGAAACUAAGGUAGAAGGGAACUUCUCAAAUUUAAAGUCUAUCCUGGGGAAGACGUCCUCACCUGCUAAAGAAACAAAUCUCUCUUCAGAGGACAAAAAAGACGAAGACUACGAUUCUGGGUACAGCGGCAGUCGUGUUACAAUGUUCAAUUUGAGCGAUUUUACUAUGCAGAAACAAAAAUUAUCGCAAAGGCAGCGUAAACGACUGUCAUCUACCUCUGACAAACCAAAAGAGGUGAUUCAAGUGAUUUCACCUGAAGCACAAGUAAUGCCAUCGAACCCAUGGAAGAACUUGCACAACUCGGCAGCUAAUAUGUCAAAAUCAAGCCCUAUAGCUAUAACGCCACCAGGUGACGGCCGUAAGCUGUCUAAUAAAAAGGAAAGCUACAAACCUGCCUCUCCAUUGAGCAAUGGUGCGAUUGCCUCCUCUCCAAAACCAUCGACUAGUAAAACCUCAUCUUCUAUAACCGCGGCUGACGGACAGUUUAGCAAAAUUCUCGCUGAUGAACGUCGGCAGAAGCAGUACUACGAAAAAAUCAAAUCCAAAUCGUUGGUUCACACACAAAUGGAAGAGCGGGCGAUAGAAGAACUUCGAAGAUUCUACAAUGUCGAUAGUGUGUUCGAUGAGAACAUCACAGUGGAACGGUAUCGGCCACGUGCGGACGGUGCUAGCAAUUAUGCCGUCUGGCAAUUUCAGUGAUUGAAGAUGCACUUAAAGUGCUAGUUUUUGUGUUAAAUGUUGGAUUACCUGCUUUGAAGGUAACAGUGACUAUGAUAUAUAGGAAUAAAUUUGGAUAAAUUUUA